AUGGAACAUCCGGAGGUGUUCGCAAAAAUCGGUGUUUCACCACCUCGUGGCUUCCUCUUACAUGGACCACCGGGAAGUGGUAAAACUUUACUGGGCCGAGCCGUUGCCGGAGAACUCGGCAUUCCCUUGAUAAAGGUUGCUGCGACUGAAAUGAUCAGUGGUGUUUCUGGUGAAAGUGAAGGAAGACUACGAGACGUUUUUGAAGCUGCACUAAAUGCGGCACCGUGUGUCCUUUUCAUCGACGAAAUUGACUCAAUCACGCCGAAGCGAGAAACUGCUGGAAAAGAAAUGGAACGUCGGGUUGUCGCGCAACUUGUGUCUUGUUUAGAUGAUAUGGCCUGUCACGUCAACGGUUCAAAGGUCGUUGUUGUGGGUGCUACAAGUCGCCCUGAUUCCUUGGACCCCGGGCUUCGUCGUGGUGGCCGAUUUGAUCGUGAAAUUUCCUUGGGUAUUCCCGAUAUGGCAGCCCGGAAAGAAAUCCUCCACAUUCUCUGUGCAGACCUCACGUUGGCGCCUAAUUUCGAUUUUGAUCUUGUGGCGAGGAGAACACCAGGUUUCGUGGGUGCAGAUUUGGCGUCGCUGACUCGCGAAGCUGCGAUGAUCGCCGUGAAUCGUUCAUUCUCGAAUCUGGAGGCAGGAACAGAGUUGACGCUGUGUGUAACUGAUGAAGAUUUUGUAACUGCUUCCAAAACCGUUCAGCCAUCUGCGAAGCGUGAAGGCUUUGCUACUGUUCCAGAUGUCACAUGGGACGAUGUUGGAGCUUUGAGUGAUAUCAGAGAGGAAUUAGAAGUUAGUAUCAUGGCACCAGUGAAAUUUCCAGAACAGUUUGAGGCUCUAGGCUUAGGAAACCCAUCUGGUGUACUUCUUUGCGGUCCUCCGGGAUGCGGGAAGACAUUGCUUGCCAAAGCCGUAGCCAAUGAAGCCAACAUCAACUUUAUAUCUGUGAAAGGACCUGAGCUGUUGAACAUGUACGUCGGCGAAAGUGAGCGUGCUGUGCGGGCAUGUUUCGUGAGAGCCAGAAAUUCCGCACCUUGUGUAAUAUUUUUUGACGAGCUGGAUUCCUUGUGUCCGAAACGAUCUUCGGGUCCUGGAGGAGAUGGUGCUUCCGGCCGUGUUGUCAAUCAACUAUUGACCGAGAUGGAUGGUGUCGGAGGACGGAAAGGAGUUUUUGUUAUGGCUGCGACGAAUAGACCUGACAUCCUCGAUCCCGCCGCCCAAACUGUGAUCCCGUUUGUCCAAAUACCUCCUACCGAAGACAUUUUGGGGGAGUACAAUUUGAGUAAUCAUUCCGGCGAGGUUUCAGAUCUGUUCUCUGUUGAGGGAUUCGUGUCGAGCUGUCGACACGGCGAUGGGAGAUCGGCUCCCGACAAAACAUACUUUUUUGUAGAUUCUCGUCCUUGUGAUCUGCCAUCCAUCGCUAAAGUGAUCCGAAAUGUGUAUCAGCAGUUCAACAGGAAUCAGUAUCCUUUCGUUUGUUUGAAUAUCGCUGUGAAGAAAGGAGCUGUGGAUGUGAAUGUAACGCCGGACAAACGGAAGGUUAUGUUGCAUCACGAGAAACUUUUCUUGGCCACCGUGAAGUCGUCGUUGAUCGAAAUGUAUCAGAAUAUUCCAUCACAAAUUCCCACGAUUGACAGCAGCCGCACAAUUCUCGAUGCCACUUCAACUAAAAGCACCAACGAAGAGAAUAGUGAAGAAAAGCUAACUUUUGCUGCAAGUAUUGCUUCUAGAUUUAGCUCAUCGUCUCCUGGUCAUCGUUUCUCGUCGGAGCGGAAGCGAUUGUCUGUGAAUACGCUUGAAUUCCGUGCCAAAGAAAAUUCGAAACGUGAGCAAUCAAAGAAAAUUGGAAACGUAUUUUGGGAAGUGCGACGAUUCCUCAUCCAAGGCACAGACUGA